AUGAAGAAUUUCCUGAGCAUCAAACUCAUACUCGCAAUUCUUGUUGGCUUCGUUUCGACUGUCGUCCUUGUCGUCGUCAACAACAACCCAAGCAGCGUCGUCUCGGAGCAGAUAUCGUCUUUCUUGAGGCAGCACUUUUACACCACCACCACCACCACCUCGUCGGUAUCGUCGGCUGAACUGACGUCGUCUGAGAACGUCCUACAACAGCAACAGCAGCAACAGCACCUCACCUCCACAGACCCCAUCACAUCACAAGACAAAAUGACGUCGACAUCCUCGGUCGUCCAGCGCGCCAUCCGCAAGGUCUUCCUCGCCGCCGAGCAGUCCGAAGGCGCGGGCGCCCGCGUCCGCCGCUCCAUCGGCACGCCCUCGCUGCGCAACCUCUCCCCCUUCCUCAUGCUCGACCACUUCUCCAUCAAGCCCGGCGCGGGCUUCCCCGACCACCCCCACCGCGGCCAGGAGACCAUCACCUACCUCCUCGAGGGCGCCGUCGACCACGAGGACUUUGCCGGCAACCGCGGCACCAUCCACUCCGGCGACCUGCAGUUCAUGACGGCGGGGCGGGGCAUCGUCCACGCGGAGAUGCCGGCGCAGAACCCGGACGGGAGCGCGAAUGUCGGGCUGCAGCUUUGGGUGGACCUGCCGGAGAAGCUCAAGGCGUGUGAGCCGCGGUAUCGUGACUUGCGCGCUGCGGAGAUUCCCCGCGUGGAGGUCGACGACGGCAAGGCCACCAUCAAGGUCAUAUCCGGCCAGUCCCACGGCAUCGACUCCGUCAAGGACCUCGCCUACACGCCCGUCUGGAUCCUCGACGUGGAGCUCCGCCCCGGCGCCAAAGUCACCCAGCCCCUGCCGCAGGGCUGGAACGCCUUCUCCUACGUCCUCGAGGGCGACGCCUACUUUGGCGAGGGCGACGCCCACACAAAGGUCGCGCAGUACCACAACGUCGUCUUCCAGCAGGCCGGCGACGCCGUGCACGUCGAGGCCGACCCCGCCGCCAAGGGCAACACGAGGCUCGUCAUCGUCGCCGGCACGCCCCUCGACCAGGAGGUCGUCCAGUACGGCCCCUUUGUCCUCAACUCCAAGGAGGGCGUCUACAAGGCCCUCAUGGACUACCAGAGCUACUCCAACGGCUUCGAGCGCGCCAAGGACUGGCAGAGCGAGAUUGGCAAGAGCAUGAUGCAUUGA